AUGUCUAAGACCCGAACUGACGAAGAUGCCGGACGCGCUAGCAAGAUCCAACCCCGGGCGUUUGUGAUCACUCGCUCAGCACCCUCUGGCCGAAGUUCUUCCUACACCACCAGAAGCAGCGGCUACAAUGUCCACAGCUCCAUCUCCCCCGGGGUGUACCAACAGCUGUCCAGCUCCGGAAUCACCGACUUCAAGGGUACCCGGGAGAAGGAGAAGCGGGAGAUGCAGAACCUCAACGAACGGUUGGCCAGCUACAUCGAGAAGGUACACUUCCUGGACGCUCAGGUGAAGAAGUUGGAAGCUGAGAAUGAAGCUCUGAGGAACCGGAAGGUUGAGGAUCUGCAACCCAUCAGGGAUGCCUACGAGAACGAGCUGGCUCAGGCCCGUAAGGUGAUCGAUGAGCUCAGCUCUACCAAGGGUGUGGCGGAGGCUAAGUUGGCGGGCCUUGCCGAUGAAGUGACGUCUCUUCGUGACCUAAUUGUCACGUAUGAGAGUCAAGCCAAGGACCAUAGAAAGAAGAUCGAAGCCCUGGGCAACCAGAUCGGGGAGUACGAAGGAGAGCUGCACACACUCAGGCACAGGGUUGGCUCUCUGGAGGAUGAGAACGCUAAGGUCCGGGAGAUUCUGGAGAAAGUCCAGGAGCAGAACAGGCGUCUUCGUGCGGAUCUGGACUCUGAGACCGCAGCCCACAUUGAGGCUGAUUGUCUGGCCCAGACCAAGACUGAGGAAUGCGAGUUCUACAAGGACCUUCUGGAUCAGAUUGAGCUGCUGAAACCAGAACCCAUGCAGAUCAAGGGUAUGGAUUACGCCGACUUCUGGAAGUCAGAACUCAGCAAGUGUGUCCGUGAGAUUCAGGCCGCCUACGAUGAGAAGAUUGACCUCAUCCAGCAAGACUGCGAGGCUAAGUUCUCGUCCCAGAUCAACUCCCUGCGUGCUGGCAAUGUCAAGGACGGCAUGCAGCUGCAACACAUCCAGGACGAGGUGAAGAAACUCCGGGGACAGCUCCAGGAGAAGAAUAUGGCUUACGCCGAGCUGGCAUCCAAGUGCGCUGCCCUGCAAGCCGAGCGGGAUGAACUCUCUCGCCAACUAUCGGACUCUGAACGAGAGCUGGAGGACUUCAAGAUCAAGUACAAUCAUGACAUCAGUGACUACGAGAACGAGCUGUCGGCCGUUAUGGAGCAGCUGCGUGUCCUGAUGGACGCCAAGAUGUCCCUGGAACUGGAGAUCUCCUGCUACAAGAAGUUGCUUGAGGGUGAAGAAACCAGAGUUGGUCUGCGAUCACUUGUGGAACAAGCCAUUGGAACACAGGGAAAAGGCUCGGCUGCCCUGAAGGAAAUCAUCCAACAAUCUAGUCUGCGAGAGGCCAGUGGCAGUCUGACAGUUCAAAGGACAUCCAAGGGACCCUUAUCCUUUGCUUCCAUCGACCCCAAUGGAGGAAACGUGGUCCUUGAGAACACCACAUCCGGAGCACGUGCACGGAGCCAGAUCCUGAAAGGCUGGAGAGUGGUUAAAGUAGUUAACGGAAGAGAGACCGUGUCUGUGGUACUCAAGGACGUAGAGCUGCCGUCAGGCAGAUCUUUUACACUGUUCGCCAAGGGGGUCAAGGACAGGACAACUGCAGACAACGAGCAGGUGGCCGACAACUUCAACUUUGGCACCGGCUCGUGCAUUUGGAAACUGCUUGAUGAAGCUGGCAAUGAAAAAGCAACUCUCACCGCCAAAUUCAGUGGAUAG